AUGGCUACCAUCAAGGCCAUUGAGGCCCGCUCGGUUCACCAAAUCCAAUCCGGCCAGGUUAUCGUUGACCUAUGCUCCGUGGUUAAAGAACUGGUGGAGAACAGUCUAGAUGCUGGUGCAACAUCUAUAGAUAUCCGGUUUAAGAACAACGGGCUAGACUUGAUUGAAGUGCAAGAUAAUGGAAAAGGAAUAUCACCCGAUGAUUAUGAGACAGUUGCUUUGAAGCACUAUACCUCCAAAUUGUCCAAGUUAGACGAUUUAUCCUCCCUCCAAAGCUUCGGUUUCCGUGGCGAAGCCCUAUCCUCUCUCUGUGCCCUGUCGAACUUCCACAUCGUUACCGCCCAGGCGCAUCAAGCUCCCAAAGCUUCAAAGCUGGAAUUUGAAAUCUCUGGGAAGCUUAAGGAUACACAGGUAGUUGCAGGUCAAAGAGGAACGACAGCAUCUGUUGAGAACCUUUUUAACAGGCUUCCAGUGCGUCGGCGGGAGUUGGAGAAAAACAUCAAAAGAGAAUACGGCAAGGUUCUUGGCUUGCUGCACGCCUAUGCAUGUGUCAGCACAGGGGUCCGGUUUAAUGUCAAAAAUCAAAUGUUAAAGGGGAAAAAUGUUUUGGUAUUUGCUACUAAAUCCAAUGCUACCACGAAGGAGAAUAUUUCAAACAUAUAUGGAGCGAAGACUCUUCUCGCGUUGACCCCCCUGGAUCUGGAGCUGGAGUUUCAGCCAAGUGCCACGAACGGGAAGUCGAUCCGGGGUGGUAUCCAGGAGGCCAACAAAAUAUUUAUCCAAGGACAUAUCUCGAAACCGAUCUUCGGGGAAGGCAGGCAAACCCCAGACCGCCAGAUGUUUUUCGUCAAUUCUCGCCCCUGUGGUUUGCCUCAGAUCGCAAAGGCAUUUAAUGAGGUCUAUAAAUCCUUUAACAUCUCGCAGUCACCUUUCAUCUUUGCAGAUUUUAAAAUGGAUACGAACUCUUACGACGUUAAUGUGUCACCGGAUAAACGUACCAUUUUAUUACAUGAUGCGGGUACUCUAAUAGAGUCUUUGAAAACUACUUUGACUGAAUUGUUCGAGCGCCAAGACCAGACGGUGCCCCAGUCUCUAAUUCCCGGGAAGCAAUCCACGUUGCACCGUCCUUCUGGGAAAGAUACUGCUUCUGUCCUUGCUUCCACAAAACCUGCAGAAUCAAAUAGGGCCAAGCAAUCCUAUGAGCAGGCGGAGGGGGAAGAUGAGGAGAGAGAUGAGGAGGGGGAACAAACAGCUAUGAGGACCUUCGUUCAACGUUUCACUGAACGUUCGAAAACCUUGCCUGAGAUUCCUGAGACUCAGCAAAAUGAGGAUAGGAUGGAAUCGCGUCAGUUAACGGAAGGCCAUUCAGUGACUAAUGAAGAUACUCGACGAGUAGACUUAGCAACUCAAGAAGCUACCGAGAUAACGCUAUCCCAAUAUCCAACACGUGAAAAUAAGGGCUCCAGACCAACAUUAAGCACCCCUGCUACAGCACCUUCAGAUGAACAGGCAGAGGAGCAAAUUAACCUGGGCUUUACACUUGCAUCUGCUCUUUUAAGAGAGGAACCUGUUCAGACGGUGCGAAAUUGUCCCGCGCAGCACACACCCAGUGUAAUUAAAAAUGCUUUCGAUAGAAUGCGUCCUAGAAGACCGCCCGCUGAAGUUGCAACUAUCACAAUUGGAAACAGAACUGUGAUGUCAACGAUAGGCAGGGAGCAACAGCCUAAGCGAAAACUUGGGAUGGCAGGUUUCGGAGGUUCAACGCCUCAACCUAAACGUCGAAUACACGUUUCAGCUAGCAAGCGCAACCUGGAAAACGGUUUGUGGUCGUUUGUGGCACCAGGCAGCAACGUGGAUGGUAGCCAGGAAGUUUUCAGCAGCGAGAAUGAACAAGAUGUGGUAAAGACUGGUUCGGAAGCCGAAUACAAGUCUAAGAUCCAUGAUGAGGAGGAGAUGAACGAAACCAAUUCUGAGCAUGAAACGAAGGGCGAGUCUGCAGAAGAAAUGGGAGAUGAAAUUGGAGCGGAAGAUGUUGAACCAGGUGCUGAGGCUGAAGUCUCCGACUCGGACGCGAGUUAUGUUGACGAGGAUGAGAAAAAGGCCAGGGCAGAAGCAAGGGUUGCAGAGUUGAUACAAGCAACGGAAGACAAAGCUGCUCUUCCCUCGGAAGACGUUAACCGUAGAGUCAACAAGAUAUCGAAACGUUCUAUUGGUAAAACUUCUACAGUUGACCUGAUGGGGACUGUCGAUGGUUCAUUGGCCACGAUCGCGGCUUAUAUCAGGUCUUUGCAAAAGGGGCUGCAGAGUAUCAAGCAAAGCAACACUGCCAAGGGUGAAGAAACUGCAGAGGGAACAGGUGAUCCCGAGUCUCCGGAAACACGGCUAUCCCUGUCUGUCUCAAAGGAAGACUUUGCUAAAAUGCGCAUAAUCGGUCAAUUCAAUCUAGGCUUCAUUAUUGCAACUCGGUUUCGGGGAGAUCCAAAUGACUCAACAGCCACCAUAGAUCAUAAGGACGACGAGCUGUUCAUAAUCGACCAACACGCCUCUGACGAAAAAUAUAACUUCGAGCGCCUCCAGGCCGAAACUGUAGUACAAAAUCAACGUCUUGUCAAACCCAAAACCCUCGAUCUAACCGCUGUCGAAGAGGAAAUCAUAAUCGACAACCUCCCAGCCUUGGAAAAGAACGGCUUCAUCGUCGAAGUCGACAGAAGCGGAGACGAGCCCAUUGGACGCCGGUGUAAACUCACCAGCCUACCGCUCAGCAAGGAAGUGGUCUUUAACAUACGUGAUCUGGAAGAAUUAAUCGUGUUACUUGGUGAAUCACCACAAGCGCAAUCUGCACGGUCUCCUUCGUCUUUUUCUACUUUAUCAUCUUCUCCACUCACCAGCAAAUAUGUUCCUCGACCAAGCAAAGUUCGCAAAAUGUUUGCAAUGAGAGCAUGUCGAUCCAGUAUUAUGAUUGGCAAAUCCCUUACUGCGAAACAAAUGGGCAAGGUUGUUAGACACAUGGGGAUGAUUGAUAAGCCGUGGAAUUGCCCUCAUGGACGCCCGACGAUGAGACAUCUGAUGAGUUUGGGGGAGUGGAAUGAGUGGGAUGAGUGGGAAGCAGCUGCUGCGCAUCUGUCAUCAGGCGAUAGUGGUAGAUGCACAAUCGCCGGAUUAGAUGUUUGGAAACGGUUCCUUAGCGAUCUGGAAGAGGGCUAA